AACACCAACCAAACACAGUUACGGAAAAGGAAAAAGAAGAGCAAUCAGCGGGGAACCAGUUUAAGCGGGGAACCAGUUUACCUCACAUACUUCCGGUUUAAGGGAAAACUCAAAAUUUCAGGCGGCAUGGCUGAUGUUUUAGAUUUACAUGAAAUAGAAGAGGGAGGGGAUGAAUUUGAAGUAGACGAAGAAGGAGAUCAGGGUUUACUGAAGUUAAAAGAGAAAGCUAAAAAAAGAAAAGGAAGAGGAUUUGGAGCAGAUGGACCAACGAGGAGUGGGGUUGAGGACUAUGAAGCUAUGGAUGUGGAUGAAGAGGGAGGACCCGGUCCUCAGCGGUCUGUAGAGGGGUGGAUCUUGUUUAUAACUGGUGUUCAUGAAGAGGCACAAGAGGAUGAUAUUCAUGAUAAAUUUGCAGACUAUGGCACAAUAAAAAACCUUCACCUAAAUCUAGACAGACGCACAGGUUUCUUAAAGGGAUAUGCACUUGUAGAAUAUGAAACCUUUAAAGAAGCGCAAGCAGCAAUGGAUGCAUUAAAUGGAUCAGAUAUACUGGGUCAGAAAAUAGGUGUAGACUGGUGUUUUGUACGGGGUCCACGAAAAGGACGUGGUAGAAAAGAUGGAAGAAGACGGUGAAGAACAAAGAAAAUUGUAUUGAUUGAAGGUGUCAGACUUGUGUUGAAAUAGUGAUGUUUAUCAAUGCAUAUGAAACUCGACAAACUUUUCAAUUGUGUUUUUAGUUUUCAAGCAAACAACAAUAUUGUGUUAUGUAGAUAGACAUAUGUGUUCUUUGUAUUGAAGUACAAUUGUAAUGGAUAUUUUCAGUUUUUAAUUAAAAGAACAAAUUGAUUAAAAA